AUGUUUGGGCACCCAAGGAUACGAAAGGCAGCACCCCUGCCAAAGAAGAGAAAAACAGAGCCUGCGGUGGAGGAGAUCACCUUUGACAAAGAGGCCCGCAUUGAGUAUCUCACAGGGUUUCGGAAGCGCAAGCAAGCUAGAAUCAAGCAAGCCAAGGAGAUAGCAGAAAGGAAAGCUCGUGAGGAACGGCUUGCAAUAAGGAAGCAGCUCAGGGAACAAAGGAAACAGGCCGUCGAAGAGCACAUCAAAGCCAUCAACAAGAUUCUACGAGAGGCCGAGAGCGCUGGUACCGGCGAUAUCAGCGAGAGUGGCUCGGAGGGGGAAUGGGGAGGUUUUUCGGACGCUGAAGAUACAGGUGUACCGGAACCACCGCCGCUUGAUCUCGAGGAAGAGUAUAUCGAUGAGGAUAAGUAUACAACGGUCAAAGUAGAGGCUGUGAGCGUUGACCGGGAGGGAAUGCACAAACCACAGCUGGAUAGCUCGUCAGACAGUGAAGGUACAGAUCAAGAAGGGGAAGAGGGCUCACAGAAAGGAAAAGAGCAAGUGGACAAGGAGGCGUCCGCAAAACGGAUAAAGAACCCGACUAAAAAGAAGAAGAAGAAGUUUCGGUAUCAAAGUAAGCUUGAAAGGGAGUUUGAAUCCCUCAAGCAGAAACAGAGGGCAAAGAGAAAACGAACAGUAUAG